AAUGCAAGCGCUUGGCGAGCGGAGCAGACCGGAGAUGGCAAUGGCGACCCCGAUGCAUGCGUUCGCUCUGGCUGCAGUGAUCUCGGUGGUGGCUCUCGCGGCCUCGACCGCGGCGGCGAGUGGCGGAUGGGACGUCGCAGACGCCACGUUCUACGGCGACAUGUCCGGCAAGGCCACCAUGGGCGGCGACUGCGGCUACGGCGACCUGUUCACGCAGGGGUACGGCCUGGCCAACACCGCCGUCUCCGGCGUGCUCUUCAACAACUACGAGACCUGCGGCGCGUGCUACGAGGUGCGGUGCUUCAACGACACGCGGGGGUGCCGGCAGGGGAGCAGCAUCCAUGUGACCGUCACCAGCCUCUGCCCGCCGGACCCGAAGCUCCCCGGCGGCGGGCUCUGCCAGCCGCCCCGGAAGCACUUCGACAUGUCGGAGGCGAUGUACACGAGGAUCGCGACGACGCCGUACGCGGGGAGCAUCCCGAUCCAGUUCCGGCGGGUGCCGUGCGCGAAGGCCGGCGGGAUCAAGUUCCAGAUCAAGGGGAACCCGUGGUGGAUCCUGGUUCUCGUCUACAACGUCGGCGGUUCCGGCGACGUGGCGUCUGUGUCCGUGCGGGGGUCGUCCGGCAGCGGCUCGUGGAGGCCGAUGGAGAGGGAGUGGGGGCAGAACUGGCAGAUCACGAAGACGCCGGAGCUGAUGGGACAGGCUCUGUCCUUCCAGGUGACCACCGGCGACGGCAAAGUAGUAGUGUCGGACAACGUCGCGCCGGCGCACUGGCAGUUCGGCCAAAUCUUUGAAGGCGGACAAUUUUAAACUAAUUAAUUAAGGGAAUUAAACAACCUCUUAAUUACUAUAAUUAAAUAUGGCAGUUAUCAUGCCACUACUAGCAGUUUAAACUGUUUACAGUGCAAAUGUAUCCUUAGACAAGACACUUGUGUUGUCUAAGAGAGAAUUGAAAUGUUGACAGUUAUAUUGAUAUAUAAAAGUACGUGAGAUCAUGAAUCAUUAAUAUUUA